CAAUCACCAACCCAGUGCACUUUUCGAACAUUGAUUUGCUAUUGGGAAUCUCGCAUCUCCCAUGCAAAAUGGCGCCAUCUAGAGGAAUUGGCUUAUCUCGGUCUGGCGGAAGGAGUUGACAUUCACGACAACUUCAUGCUGUAAUCGAAUCAAGCACUGAUAUAAGGCAUUGUACAGUCCAUGUCAGGCCGAUGUCGAACAGUGGCCCCUCCACGGGAGGUGGUUAUUCACGUUUCCGCGUGAGAUCAUCGACUUCCCAUGAUGAUUGGCAGUUACCCUCACCGAAAAGACCUCGUCUCAACACUGACGGCCCAGACUCGAGUUCGAAUGCCUCAGGCCACGCCGAGUCAGCUUGCCUUCGAUGUCGGAAACGAAAAAAGCGAUGUUGUCGCACAUUACCCCAGUGUACCGCCUGCGACACGACUGGUGUUCAGUGUUCUUAUCCCAGCAGUGACAAUUUAUCAAUAACUGUUGCGGAAGUCAAUGAGCUGAGAGCCCAGAUUGAACGCCUAUCCCAACAAAAUGUAGUCAAGAACAACAGCAACAGCAACAGCUACGUCUUGAGCCCAGCAGACACAUUCAAGUCUGGCUCUCUCGGAAACGGCCCGGACAACGACCAGGAAGAUACCUUGUUUCUCGCACGAACAACGGAGGCAAAUGGUUCCAACCACUCGUGGAACUGGUCACCCGACUUGGGCCAUACACCACGGCCUCCAUCCAACAACCUGCGCUUACCAGCAGGUCUUGCAGUCCGCGAGCUCGUCGAUGGCUACUUCCGACACGUUCACAAAGCCUAUCCAUUCCUCGACCAAGGCCAGGUCUUGAAAGACAUUGAUGAUGCAACAACUCGGCCGGGCAACAACUCGGAAGGUUUAUCACCUCUCAUAUACAUGCUCUCCGUCAUAGGCUGUAUCACUUUACACCGUGCUGGAAAAUUGUCAGAUGAUAUUCUUGCCAGCAUCAAGGUGCCAUAUGAGGAACUGAUCGGUCAAUGCAUGUUGGACCCGAGCAUACAUGCGGUCGGCAUGCUCCUUUUACUUGCAUGUUAUUCCACCUUCGACCCCACUGAAAUCUGUCCAUGGAUAGUGAUCGGACUCGCCGGUCGACAGGCAAUUGUGCUGGGUCUCAACCGCAAGUCAACCAGGGAAUCUGGCUUGACGCUACAAGAAGUUGAGCAACGGAAUCGAUUGUUCUGGAGUAUCUAUGCACUCGACCGCGAAGUUGCGGCAUCAUUUGGUCUUCCGCCCUCGAUAAAUGACGAAAACAUCAAUGUACCUCUGCCAUCCGUCACCAUCGACGAAUAUGCUUCGGCAACUCGGGUGCAGCUCUCCAAGGUUCUGCAGGUGUGUCGAAACUCGAUUGCAUUACGCGACCUCGAAGGGAAGAUUCUGCAAAAGGUUCAUCUUGCCAAUCCCAUCUCAACACUGAAUAUUGGCAUGGCAGAUCGACAGGCUAUUGUCAGUCAGUUUGUGUCACAGCUUGACGAUUGGUACGCCAACGGCUGCCUUCUGUCACAGUCCGAGAACGACGAAAUAUCGUUCCACGACAAUAUCCCGUGGUUGAAUGCACGGUAUCACGGCGUCCUUAUCCUGCUGCAUUACCCUUCGCGCUUCAAUGCAUAUUACUGCAGAGAGCAGCUCAGUUCUUUGCGGGAAUCGAUUCGCAGAUGCGUUCAGUGCAGCGCAGUGCUCCUUCAACAACAGCAUCUAAUGCUGCAUCACAACACCCUGAAUAAGGUACUGGUGAUUUGUCUCUUGCUUGUAUUUUGCUUGAUGCAGGGCAAUUCGGAGGUUGUGCAAGUGGGCGAAGUGAGGCAGGACGUUUCUUCCUGCAUCGACAUUCUCGAAGACUUUACAGGUCGAUGGACGUUGGCGAAGCGCAGUCUCAUUGUCUUUCGGGAUUUGGAACGCCUCCUCCCCACCAUUCGCCCAGGUGCCGGCCACAAGUCACCGACCACAAUCGAAUCUCUGAGAAGGGUACAAUCUGAUGCACAGAGCCUGAUCCGUGACGGCUUGGGUCCGUCUAGUGUGUACAACAAUCUCUACCCACUCUCUGUUGAUCCAAGCUCUCAUUCAUCUGGGCACUGAUAGGGAUAGGUCAGGUUUCUUCCAUACCAUAUACGUGAAGCAACCAUACUGGUGCUUCGGCCAAUAACCCGAGACUGUAUGAACCCAUUUCUACACGUGUAAAUCUGCUUUUGGGCCUGGGUUCCGACUAGCAUCAAGGCACUUUGAUGACUUCGAUGU